CAUUCACUCACCAUUGCAUCUCUCGUCGACCUCCUUGAGCGAUGUUCAACGCACUUGCAGGACCUGCUCGAGCCGCUUCACAAGUCUCCCUGAGGCCCAGGAUACCCAUCUCCCCUUUUAGAGCCCUUCACGCAUCAUCAUCAGUGCUCAAGAAGCCUUCCAGGAAGGCAGUAGCUGUGAAAGAGUUCGACAAUGACGAGAGUGAUGGUGAUCUGUUCGCAGUAGACACCUCUACCCCAGUGUCUACACAAGCUACGGAUGAUCAGGACGCCUCGGCGGUCUCUGCUCUGAACCGAGAGAUCCGUGAAUCCCUCUGGGAAAUUGUCAAAAGAGGAGCGAGACCUACGGACGACGCGAGGGAAUCAAGAAGGGCACAAUUGCCGAUUCAACGAAAUAUCCUUGACUCUUACAUCCAGGCGUGUGAGAGCCGUCUGGACUUGGAGAGUCUCAGGGGCCUAUUGAGAGGAUGGAGGGUCAUGGGCAAAAGAGUCACGGGAACUCAAGCGCAGCAAAUCAUCGACAAAAGUAUCGAACUAAACUUCCCAGAGAUCGCCUUGGAAUUGCUAAAUGAUAAAUUGGCAUAUGGUGUCAACACUGUACCAGACUCUGCAUACUUUCGACUCUGCCAUAGUCUUCUGGAACAAGAGGCUCCGCCCUCAAAACUCCCGACAUAUCUCCAGUCCGGCCGACACAGCAUCGCUCUUGGGAAUCUCGUCCUGUUCCUGCGGACACGCAGUCGCGCCUCAGACACGUCAGCGAUCAGUGGAGAUGGUGUAAAGAAGUCUCCGAAAACUGGUGUUAGAUUACCGGCCUCCGCUCCCAAGAGCCAUGAGCCCUUACCGCACCCCAUCACGAAGGACGAAGUCGAGUUUGUAAACUUUGCCUUGGACACUUUGCACAGCGCUGGUGGACGUUGGGCAGAGGUUGCGGAGCAAGUUUUACCGAGGAAACGGUGGGACAGGCAUCUCGUGCGCAGGGAACAGGUCGUUGCCGAGAAGAAGGCUGCUGCGGUGAAAACAGCAUGAGCGGCGUAAGAGGAUCAUAUCAAGGACAUGUCAAUCAUCAGCGUGCAUCUUCGAUGUCGUUGUACCAGCUUGCUUAUUGUCGAAAGUCUUUUCUUUUUGGUGUAGCUGUGACGAGAGGAUUCAGGAGUUCAAUCCCUCUCGCACACUGAGUGUCUGCACCGCGUCUCGGCCGCUUCGCUCCAACGCAAGCUCACA